GGAAGGAUGAGCUCCUAUGCUGACAUCUGUGGGUCCAAACAUGUGCAGGGCAGCGCCGAGGGAGGGUACCAACGCUACGGAGUCCGUUCCUACCUGCAUCAGUUUUAUGAGGACUGCACAGCUUCAAUUUGGGAUUAUGAGGAUGAUUUUCAGAUCCAGAGAUCGCCUAGCAGGUGGAGCUCUAUGUUCUGGAAGGUUGGACUCAUCUCUGGGACGGCUUUUAUGCUGAUAGGUUUAACAGUUAUUGUAGUGGGUUUUCUUGUGCCACCGAAAGUCGAAGCUCUUGGGAAAGAUGAUUUUGUUGUGGUGGAUACCCGUGCGGUUCAGUUUAAUGGGUCCCUUGAUAUAUGCAAGCUGGCAGGGGCCAUCUUGUUUUGUGUAGGAGGGUCCACCAUGGCAGCAUGUCUGCUGAUGUCUGCUUUUGCUAAAAGUUACUCCAAAGAAGAAAAAUACCUCCAGCAAAGAUUUAAAGAGAGAAUAGCUGAUGUAAAAGCCCAUGCAAACCCAGUCACAAAAGCACCAGCACUGGGAGAAUCAAAGAUACCUGUCACUUUGUCCAAAGUUCAAAAUGUCCAACCUUUAUCUGAAACCUGACCCUUUCCUUAGGUUUUGUUUCUCACUUGUAGAUGGAGUUUACUUCACGACUUUAGCUGGAAAACAUCAGCUGUUGUUGGCGUGUGUUCUAGUCAGUUACAACAUCAAGUUCUCUGCUAAACACACAGCUGAGGGGGAAGCUGCUCCAGUACAAAUU